UUUGCGACGGUCCCUAACUCAUUGUCGGGCAGUCCGGUGUGCAGGUGCAGCAAAUGUCUGAUUUUCCGGUCACCAUUCAGAUGAAAAUGACCUCGUAGCUGCUGCCUUACGUUUCCAGGGAUGCGGACUCCUCCCCGUUUAAAUACCACCACGUUUCGCUUGUGAAAUAAGCUCGUUAACCGGUUGUGCGGAUAUAACAAACUGACAUACGUUAAGUUUCUCGGUGGCUCGCUCCCUAAACGUCCGUGCACAUCUGUUCAAUCCGACAUGAAAAGAAACGGCGCGUACAAGUUUUUGUCAGUCUUUUCGUGUUUCGUCGUUUGUGCAUUCUUGUUUAUAUUUUGGUACUUUAUAAUUUACUCGAUGAUCCAUGCACCUUAAGACACAAGCAGAGAUACACUCCUUAUUUAGCAGCUAAGCUAACAAACAGACUGCCUACCCACACUGCACCGCUGUAUUGACAAGUCCCGUGAUCACAUGACCAUCUUCACCAGGAAGUGAGGAUUUCUGCUUGUAGUGUUUGGCUGAGCGUUGUGUUAGUGAAGUUGUGAUGGCAUCUGACACCAGUGAAGCAGCGUCCUCCGGUCCAGACCUCAAGCUGCAGUUUGCUCCCUUCAGCAGUGCUCUGGAGGCCGGCUUCUGGCACCAGCUCACUCAGAAGAAACUCAACGACUACAGAUUGGACGAGAGCCCCAAAUGUAUCAAAGGGUAUUACUACAAUGGUGACCCGCUUGGUUUGCCCACUCGCCUGACGUUGGAGUUCAGUGCAUUUGACGUGGAUGGUCCGACACCGGCCCGAUGCUGUCCUGCUAUUGGAACGCUGUAUAACACCAACACACUCGAUGCCUUUAAGACCACUGAUAAGAAAGCUCUGCUGGAGAAAGAGGCCAGAGAGAUAUGGGAUGCUAUACAGUCUGGGGCUGCGUUGAACAACCCGUCCGUCCUUUGCAAAUUCAUUCUGCUGACCUUUGCAGAUUUGAAGAAAUACCACUUCUACUACUGGUUCUGCUUCCCUGCACUCUGUUUCCCGGAGGGAAUAAAGAUCGUCCAACAGCCGUCUGCACUGGAACAAGUUUUCUCAGCAAAACAGAUCGCAGCCUUGCAGGAGGCCUAUGAUGCGCUGUGUGUCAAAAGAGGGACCACUGCAGUGCCUUACUUCCUAAUGAAGUACACUGAGGACACUGUUCAGAUGGCUCCACUCGGGGACUGGGACAAGUUCUUCACUGAUGCUAAGAAGGUUACUGUGGGCGUCUAUGAUCCGUGCACUCUGUCUCAACAUCCGGGCUGGCCUCUGAGAAAUCUGCUGGUUCUGUUAGCUACCCGAUGGGGCUCUAAGCUGGGUUUGGUGGAGGUGCUGUGUUUUAGGGACCGGACUCUGCAGGGAAGCCGCUCCAUUCACCACAGUGUCAUCUUUCAGAUUAAACUACCUGAGCUCCCCCUCAAUUCAGCAUGUCCUAAGAGUGUAGGUUGGGAGAAGAACCCUAAGGGGGCCAUGGGACCCAGGAUGGUCAACCUCAGUGAAUGCAUGGACCCUAAAAGGCUUGCAGAGUCAUCAGUGGACCUGAAUCUGAAGCUAAUGAGAUGGAGGCUGGUUCCUUCCUUGGACCUGGACAAAGUAGUCACCACAAAGUGUCUUCUUCUGGGAGCUGGGACUCUGGGCUGCAAUGUAGCCAGGACUCUUAUGGGAUGGGGAGUGAGACACAUCACAUUUGUAGACAAUGCGAAGAUAUCAUACUCCAAUCCAGUUCGGCAGCCUCUCUAUGAGUUUGAAGACUGUCUUGGAGGAGGGAAGUCCAAAGCCAUGGCAGCUGUUGAUCGACUCACCAAAAUCUUUCCUGGUGUGAAUGCAGAGGGUUACAAUAUGAGCAUCCCCAUGCCUGGUCACCCGGUGAAUUUCUCUCAGGCCACUCUUUCCCAGGCCCAGAGCGAUGUCGAGCAGCUGGAGAAGCUCAUUUCAGAACACGAUGUGGUCUUCCUACUAAUGGAUACGAGGGAGAGCCGCUGGCUGCCCACAGUGAUAGCUGCCAGCAAAAGGAAGCUCGUGGUUAACGCUGCUCUAGGCUUUGACACAUUUGUCGUGAUGCGCCACGGCCUAAAGAAACCGCCUGUCAGUCAGAGUGUUUCUGCAGGGGCAGACUCCUCCACUUCCUGUUCUUCUGCCUCCUCUUCGUCCUCCACACCAGCCGGCCCUGCACCCUCUGUCCCCGGAUCCUCUCUGUUCUCCAAUAUCCCAGGGCACAAGCUGGGCUGCUACUUCUGCAACGAUGUUGUUGCACCAGGAGAUUCGACCAGGGAUCGGACUCUGGAUCAGCAGUGCACAGUCAGCAGACCAGGCCUGGCCAUGAUUGCUGGAGCCCUGGCUGUGGAGAUGAUGGUGUCCAUCCUGCAGCACAGUGAAGGAGGCUAUGCGGUGGCCAGCAGCAGUGACGACAGAAUGAAUGAACCCCCCACCUCUCUGGGUCUCGUACCACAUCAGAUCCGAGGCUUUCUUUCGAGGUUUGACAAUGUCCUGCCUGCCAGCCUGGCCUUCGACAAAUGCACUGCCUGUUCACCCAUUGUCCUGGACCACUAUGAGAGGGAAGGUUUCAACUUCUUGUCCAAGGUGUUUAAUUCUUCGCACUCAUUCCUGGAGGACCUGACGGGGCUGACACUAUUGCACCAGGAGACACAGGCUGCAGAGAUUUGGGACAUGAGUGAUGAUGAGAGCAUCUGAAGGACUGGAGGACCAAACCCUGAGCCUGUGAAGGACUAAACACUCCAAACCUUCUGUUUCUUUUUUUUUUUUUUUUUUUGUUCUUUUUUAAAGAUUCUCACAUCUACAAAGGACAAGGGCUUUGCAGACAACAGUAGACACACUACUGAAAUUCUCACAAUCAAAACAGAGCACAUACAAAAAGUUCUUCAGAAAGGUAACUGAAAGACCUGCUUUUAAAUUCUUAUUAGUCUACAUUUGGAUCAAACAAAGGAUCGGACCUUCAGAAUAGAGCACUAAUAUGAAAAAAAUGAACAGUAAAAUAUGGUUUCAGUGAAUGUCAGUGUUUUACAGCUACAUAAGAAAGAGAAUCAGAGCUCGAACACGUUUAUAUAUCAUGACGGAAACUGUUGUUUUUAAAGGAGAAUGUACAUGUUCCCAUCCCUUUGUGAUGUGUAAUCAGUCACAUUCACUCAGUGUUUUAAUUCAGUUUAAUUCCUUAUGACAAAACACAACAAAACACUCUGCAUUUGUAUUAUUGGACUUGUAUUAAGCCUCACUUAAUGGUCUUAGGUUCAAUUCCUCCCACAGCCUCUCAUAUAAUGGGUUUGCGGAGUCUUUUGGCUAGACAUCAACUAACUGCAUCUGCUCUCUCAUUCACUUUGCUUCAGAUAAAUAAUGAAAUUCCAAAAACAUAGUUGACAACUCAGCAAAGCCAUCCGUCUGCCUGUCUGUUUACUGGGGACUGUGAUACAGUCAGUACAGUUAAUACUAAAACCAGCUUUGUUCCUGUGAAGGUAAGAAACCUGCAUACAGAUGUUACUGUGCAGCUUCUGAUAUGAUAUUAAUUUACUGUUAGUGUUGGACAACCUGGAACCUGUAACUGCACAGUUAAUCUAAAAGAGCCUAUGGACAAAGUGAAGGUUUUUAUGGUUUGUUUGUGUUGAAGCAUGCAUGUGUUUGUUUGUGCAAUUUAUGUCGCUUUUCUUACUCCACCAUGAGCUAUUUGUCUGAACAGCUAACAUACAAUAUUUUCUGUGUAAUGACAUAGAUUUAAUCAGCUGCUUGGAUAUUUAUGGAAGAUGUUAAGUGCAGUGUAAAAAGGGAGCUGAGAUUUUUUUCAGAACUUGAGAUUAGGAUAUAAAUUUAAGACAUGAAUGUUAGGAAAUGCAUAAUUUGAAAUUAACAUUGGAAUUAAGACUUUUUCCUCAGAUUUUACUCUCAAAAUUGAAAUUAAACCCAGGAAUCUGACUCAAUUCUCACAAUUCUGACACUUCUCAGCCCUUUUUCUGUCAUACUUUUUCUCCUCUGUAAGUAUUUAACCAAAAUAUGUAAUAAAAUGUCUCUUUAUUA